GAGAAGCUAAGGGGCGGACUGACCAUUUGGAAACUCGGGCACUACCCGAGGGCCUGGGGUCAGUAGGGGGCCCCAUGAGAUGCCCCUGGUACCUUUUUCAUAAGCUUUUUUCAGUUUGGCAAGGACACAGGGGCCCCAUGAUCCCCUAUUGCCCGGGGGCCCCAUGAGUUGUCAGUCCACCCCUGGAGAAGCUCAUCUUCCAUGCCUCCUCACCAAUGCCCAUCAGUGCUGCCUAUCAGUGCCCAUAAGUGCUGCCUCACCAAUGCCC